UAUUGAAUGGCACAUCCUUUGAUUUUCCUAUAAAAAUGGCAGCUUUUACCUGAAGAUUCAAAACCCUCUCGUGUUUCCUGACAAUCUCUGAUCGGCUUCUCCGAAACAGAAUAAUCAUUUUGAAAGGAAGAAGAAUUACGAGAAGGAAGGGAAGAAAAAAGGAACAGCAAUGGCGGAUCAGCUUACUGACGAACAGAUCUCUGAGUUCAAGGAGGCCUUCAGCUUGUUCGACAAAGAUGGAGACGGUUGCAUCACAACCAAGGAGCUUGGAACUGUUAUGAGAUCACUGGGGCAGAACCCAACUGAAGCAGAACUCCAAGACAUGAUUAAUGAAGUAGAUGCCGACGGAAAUGGUACUAUUGACUUCCCGGAGUUUCUAAACCUUAUGGCGAGGAAAAUGAAGGAUACAGAUUCUGAGGAGGAGCUAAAAGAGGCGUUUCGGGUUUUUGACAAAGAUCAGAAUGGAUUCAUUUCUGCUGCUGAGCUCCGCCAUGUGAUGACCAAUCUUGGGGAGAAGCUUACUGAUGAAGAAGUUGAUGAGAUGAUUCGAGAGGCUGAUGUUGAUGGUGAUGGCCAAAUAAAUUACGAGGAAUUUGUUAAGGUGAUGAUGGCAAAGUUUUGUCUUGUGAUUGUGUCACAAGUUGAUGGUUAUUUCACUCUUAUUUUCGGUUUGCCAUGCCGGAUAAUUGCAACAGAGGCAAAGAUGGAAGGUCAGAAUGCAAGGAAGAUGAAAAUACUAUGCCUCCAUGGAUUCAGGACUAGUGGCAGUUUCUUGAAGAAGCAAAUCAGCAAGUGGGACCCUUCUCUUUUUGAUCAAUUUGAGCUGGUUUUUCCGGACGGUAAAUUUCCCGCUGGAGGAAAGUCUGACAUUGAAGGCAUAUUCCCUCCACCUUACUUUGAGUGGUUUCAAUUCAACAAGGACUUUACGGAGUACACUAACUUGGAGGAGUGCAUCUCAUACCUUUGCGAAUACAUCACAACCAAUGGCCCCUUUGAUGGGCUUCUUGGCUUCUCCCAGGGUGCAACACUUUCGGCACUUCUGAUGGGUUACCAAGCACAGGGGAAGUUGCUAAAGGAGCAUCCGCCCAUGAAAUUAUUCGUAUCAAUAUCAGGAUCAAAGUUCAGAGAUCCGAGCAUUUGUGAUGUUGCCUACAAGGACACCAUCAAGGUUAAAUCUGUCCACUUCAUUGGGGAAAAAGACUGGUUGAAACUGCCUUCAGAAGAACUAGCCACGGCUUUUGACAAUUCCCUUAUAAUAAGGCACCCUCAAGGUCACACCGUGCCGAGAUUAGAUGAAGUGGCCACCACUCAGUUGCGAAAUUGGAUCAAAGAAGUGUUCCAUUCCACCUGUGGUGUGUCAGAUGGAAAUCACGAAAAAAUCAAUGGAGAAAAGAUAUUGGAAGUGAAGGACAGCAAGCUUGAAGAAGCAAUUAGUGCCAGUCAGUUUUGAAGCAAGGGAAUGGAUUAAUAAGAUGAAGUUGUAGAGGUAACCCAAGUCUGAACAUCUGAAUUACCAGGACCAGGGCUUCCCAGCUUUAGCACAAAUGAUCAUUAAACAUUGAUCGUAUUAAUAGAGUGGAGGGGAAUGCUUUAUACCUCUGGUAGAUAUUCUCAGCUUCACAUAACUAGGUGAAUUCAAAUUAAUGAAUGUUUCAAGAAAAUUACCUUCACUGAUGAUAUUAAAUACGAGUUACAAGUUGAGUUUCGCAAGAUA